UGGUCUAUUUAAACGAGUGUUCAAUGAAAUUUUUUGGACAGACAAAAAAAAAACCCAAGUACCUCAUAUCAAGUACUUAAUCUAUUUUUACAGCUGUGCUGUUGUCGCAUUAUCAGCCUCCUUGCACCCCUCCCUUCCCAUAGCUCACGCGCGCUCCCGUCUCUCAAUGAAGCGCGCACACGUCACGCUGAUGUUAAAAAAAACAAAACAAAAACAAAAACCACCACCACCACGCGCACAUUUCUGCCCCGAGCAUCACUGUAUAGAGAGACCGAGCUUCUCAACUGUAACCUGACCUGGAGAGAGAAGACAACAUUAACCCCCUUAUCUUAUCUUAUUUUAUCUUAUCUUAUUUUAUCUUAUCAGGGGAAUUGUUUCAAAACGCGACCUGCAAACGAAACGUUUUAUUUAUUAUUAUUAUUAUUAUUAUUAUUAUUAUUAUUAUUAUUAUUAUUCAGCGCGGCGCGUGCGUCUCUAUCCGCUACAGAGGUGACACCGGAGCGGAACCGGACACACUGAAGCUGGAAUGUCUUGACUCCGCCUCCGAAGCUGUGUGCACGAGGUGCUGAAGCGGACGCCGAUGGGAGCUGCUGCUCAAUGAUGAGCUGCCAUGGCGCUGGAGGGCAUCGCCGGCGCCUCGAAGACUCAGACUUCACCGUGCGCGUGUACCCGGGCGCCUUGGCCGAGGGCACCGUCUACUGCCCCGUGUUGGCCCACAAGGUCACAUCGGCCGCCGAGGUAAUCGAGCAGGUGAUCGAGCGUCUGCGGCUGGACCGCACACGGCUGUACGUUCUAGCCGAGGUGAAAGAGUUCGGCGGUGAGGAAUGGAUUCUGAACCCGAGCGACUGCCCCGUGCAGCGCAUGAUGCUGUGGCCGCGCACCGCGCUGGAGAACCGCUUCAGCAGCGACGACUACCGCUUCCUGCUGCGCGAGAAGAACCUGGAUGGCUCCAUCCACUACGGCAACGUUCAGAUGUGGCUGAGGGUGACCGAGGAGAGGAGGCGGCUGGUAGAGCGUGGCCUCCUCCCUCAGCCUCCAGCCGGACGGCACGCUGCAGAUCUCUGCACUCUGCCGGACCUCAACGAGCAGACGCUGCUGGAAAACCUGCGCUCGCGCUUCAAACAGGAAAAGAUCUACACUUAUGCCGGCGGCAUCCUGAUAGUGGUCAACCCUUUCAAAUUCCUCCCAAUCUACAACCCAAAAUAUGUCAAGAUGUACGAUAACCACCAGCUGGGCAAGCUGGAGCCGCACAUCUAUGCCAUAGCUGACGCUGCAUACCACGCCAUGCUGCAGAGGCGCAGGAAUCAGUGUAUCGUCAUAUCCGGGGAGAGUGGCUCAGGGAAGACGCAGAGCACCAACUUUCUGAUCCAUCAUCUUACUGCACUCAGCCAGAAGGGCUUCGCAAGUGGAGUCGAGCAGAUCAUACUAGGAGCCGGACCCGUACUAGAGGCGUUCGGGAAUGCCAAAACGGCCCACAACAACAACUCCAGCCGCUUCGGCAAGUUCAUCCAAGUUAACUAUCAGGAGAGCGGCACAGUGAGAGGAGCCUAUGUGGAGAAAUAUCUCCUAGAGAAAUCUAGGCUGGUCUAUCAGGAGUACAAUGAGAGGAACUACCAUGUGUUUUAUUACCUUUUGGCGGGAGCAAGUGAUGAGGAGAGAAAAGCCUUCCACCUGCUGAAGCCAGACGAAUAUCAUUACCUGAACCAGAUGACAAAGAAAGUGCACAGACUACACUGGGAAAAUUACUAUGAGAGCGAGCUGGACUGUUUCACUGUGGAAGGAGAGGACCUGAAGCAUGACUUUGAGAGGCUACAACUAGCCAUGGAGAUGGUGGGAUUCUUGCCAGCCACCCGUAAACAAAUCUUCUCCCUGCUGUCUGCCAUCCUUCUUCUGGGGAACAUACGUUACAAGAAAAAGACGUAUAGAGACGACUGUAUCGAUAUCUGUAAUCCUGAAGUGCUCCCCACCAUCUCGGAACUGCUAGAGGUAAAGGAAGAGAUGCUCUUUGAGGCUCUGACUACGAGAAAGACAGUGACUGUGGGAGAGCGACUUAUUGUUCCUUAUAAACUGGCUGAGGCUGGGACAGUGAGAGACUCCAUGGCUAAAUCACUCUACGGCGCUCUCUUCGACUGGAUUGUCUUCCGCACCAACCAUGCGCUUCUCAACAACAAAGACCUAGAGGACUCUGCCAAAAUUUUGUCUAUUGGGGUGUUGGAUAUCUUUGGCUUUGAGGACUAUGAGAACAACAGCUUUGAGCAGUUCUGCAUCAACUAUGCCAAUGAGAAACUGCAACACUAUUUCAACCAGCACAUCUUCAAACUGGAGCAGGAGGAGUACCGUACCGAGGGCAUCAGCUGGCAUAUGAUUGACUACAUUGACAACACAAGCUGUAUCAACCUGAUCAGCAAGAAACCCACAGCACUGCUCCACCUACUGGAUGAGGAGUGCAACUUCCCCCAGGCUACGAAUCAGACCCUGCUGGAUAAGUUUAAGAGGCAGCACGAGGGGAACAGCUACAUUGAGUUCCCUGCAGUCAUGGAGCCAGCCUUCAUCAUUCGCCACUACGCAGGGAAGGUCAAAUACAGCGUCAAGGAUUUCAGGGAGAAGAACACAGACCACAUGCGCCCAGACAUCGUGGCUCUGCUGAAGAGCAGUAAAAGCGCCUUUAUCUGUGGCCUGAUGGGAAUCGACCCUGUGGCCACCUUCCGCUGGGCCGUGCUUAGAGCUUACUUCAGAGCAGUGGUGGCUUUUAGAGCAGCUGGAAAACGACAUGGGGAGAAGAAGAGCAGCUCUGACACUGCAGUGCAGUGCCCAGUCAUUAAGAAGGUGGACAGCUUCAGUUUCCUGCAUCACCCUGUGCACCAGAGAAGCCUUGAGAUCCUUCAGAGAUGCAAAGAUGAUAAAUACAAUUCCUGCAUCACAUGGAAGAAUUCACGCAGCCCUCUGUCACACCUACAAGGCACCAACACUAUCAAUGAGAAAACAACAAGAGACGGGUUCUCUGGGUGUAAUGGUCGUAGCUCGAGGUCUGGUCGUCUGGCCUCCGCUUCCUCCUCUCAUGAAGAAGAUGGAAUUUUUGUUAACGCCAUGAGCAGCAAGUUACUGGAGAGAGCCCAGGGCAUUUUGAUGCGCAACAAGAACUACAAAGCCAAGCUUUCCCUUCCCAAGCAUCUGUUAGAUGUUAAAUCCCUGAAGUACUUGAGCAGCUUGACACUUCAUGAUCGCAUCACCAAAUCACUCCUCCACCUGCACAAAAAGAAGAAACCGCCCAGCAUCAGUGCACAGUUUCAGGCUUCGCUGAACAAACUGAUGGAGACCCUGGGCCAGUCGGAGCCCUACUUUGUAAAAUGUAUCCGUUCGAAUGCAGAAAAGCUUCCUCUACGCUUUAAUGAUGCAUUAGUACUGAGACAACUGCGCUACACUGGAAUGCUGGAGACAGUGAGGAUACGCCAGUCUGGAUACAGCAUCAAAUACACAUUUCAGGACUUUGUUCAUCAUUUCCAUGUGCUGCUGCCUAGUGGCCUGAGUGCCGGUCAGGCUGGCAUUCAGGACUUCCUGCAGGGAGUUCACCUCGAUCUAGACGGCUACCAAGUGGGCAAAACCAUGGUGUUUUUGCGAGAGGCUCAGAGACAGAAGCUGCAGAACCUGCUCCACCAGGAGGUGCUGAGAAGGAUCGUAGCUCUGCAGAGGAGAUUCAGAGCCCUGCUGGAGAGACGAGCGUUUACCAAUCAGAGACGUGCUGCACGUGUCAUUCAGCACUGGUGGCGUAAGUGUAUGCUAACCCAUAGCAGUGAGAGUGCUGGUGUUUCUGAGAUGCAGCAUGAGGCAGCGGUGUGUGUGCAGGCAGCGUGGAGAGGCUACAGGGAGAGAAGGCUCUAUCUGCUGCAGAGGGACGCAGUGCUGCUGCUGCAGAGAAGCUGGAGACGAUGUGUGCAGCAACAGAGACACAGAGCUGCAUGUCUUAUCCAGGCAUUCUGGAGGGCACACAGGCAAAGGCAGAGAUAUUGGCAGCUAUUUAAAGCUGUCGUAACACUGCAGGCUGCCUGGAGAGGGCGUCGGACUCGGCAGAGGUGUAGAAGUUUGCGAGAGGAGCAGAAGAGUAUUAGAACAGACCAUGGACAAGAUAACGCACAAGAAGGCCUCCAGAACCUUACUGAUACCAAGCCAACUUGCCUAGACUCACAGUUAUCUCAGCCAAGCUCACAGGUUUCACAGGAGUGCAGAAUGGAUACUGAGACCCUGCCAUCAGAGCUUUCCAGACCUCUGGAUGACAGCACUCUUAAGAGCCGAGCCAAGAGAGAAAGCAGGAGGAAGAGAGAACUGGAACAGGCAACAUUCAGUCUGAAAUUGCUGAAGGUGCGAUCCAAUACUCUUCCCCUCGCUGGCGAACCAAUCUCCCCAGAAAAUAAAGCCUCUUCAAAAGCUCCUCUCUGUUCCUCCCUUCAGAGCUCCCUAGAUAGCCAUGAGAGCUUUGAGCUCCUUAGCGUUGAUAACAUGGAGCUGGAGGAAACUGACCUUCAAGGUCACGAUCCCUCGUCUAAAAAUCAGUCAUCGUUAGUUGAGGAGAAUAAAAGUGCUCUCAUAUUGGAGCCUGAAUCUGAGAAAUCACAACCGAAAAAGCCAGAACCAACAAGUCCAGUGCAGGCUGGCCAAAGCACCUCAAAGCCUCUGUUCUAUAUAUCAGAUGAAGUCAGUAGUCCUGUGCGCAAUGAGCCACACACACCAUCUAAGUUGAAGUCUGUUCGAGAGAAGAAAGAGUCUCUGGUGUUUGUCAUCAGCAUGCAGAAGGAGAGUCCCGUAGACCAGAGCAGCCUGGAUGCUCUCGAGAGCCUAGAGAAGGAAGCAGAGCAGAAACCAGGCUCUGGCCAGCAGAAGAGCACAUCAUCAAGCGUACAACCCGGAAACGCUCCCGUGAAUCCGAACCCAAGCGUCCAGCCAUCUCCGGCGCCAUCAUCCGGUACAACCAGGAUGAUGGCACAGCAAAUGACCUCGCAGCCCAGAAAGGAGGAGGACGCGGUCAAAAUGCAAGCUCAGCAGAAGACGGUGACUCACAGUAUCCGCGUCAGCAUGAAGGAGAAAGCCACUAGUCUGGCCUUUUCUCCCAAACGCAGCAGGCUGACCUUCUCCAAAUCUGAUAAAGACCUGGCAAAUCAGGAGCGUUCUUUGACCUUGCAAAGAGAACGAACAUCAGGUUUCAGAUCGAUGAAGAGCAGAGAGGUGGCCCGAGCCGGCCGCCAAAAGAAAACCCGCACGGCUCGGACUCGCUCGGACUUCCUGAGCCGUGCCUGUAGCACAGAGGCUGAUACUGACGACGAGGACGAUGAAGAAUAUGAGUACACGCCUGUGAUCUCUCACACGCUGCCCCUCCUUGGAGAGUGUCCAGACUCUCCCAGCCGUGAGCAAGACUUCCACAGUGACUCAGAGAUGCCCGCUCAGAAAGAUCAGAAGCGGCUCCAGAAGACCAUGUCCUCAGGAGAUCUGGGAAAGGUCGACUCAUUGAGAAAGUCCUCCAACUCGGAUGGCAGUGGGGUGAGGGGUAAGAUGCGCUUCUGGGGAAAGGGAAAGCAUGGUGAUAAGAAGAUGUCCAUCAGGGGACACUCAGCAGAUGCCGAUCUCACAAAGACUCGCAAUGGCUCUCCUUCUGCCAGUCCUGAUCACAGCAGAGCAGCAGAUCAUGGUCGGGACAGCAAGGAGAACAGGGAGCCAGAAAUGAGAAUGAUGACGAUGAAGCGGAGGCGGAGUGUGAAGAUUAGCAGCAUGCCUCAGGAGCCGUCUCCAUGGCAGAACGACUCUCUCCAUAUCCUCACUUGUACAGCAGACUACUGCAGCAUGAACGACUUCCUCAUGAAGAAGAUAAAUGACCUGGAGACUGAGGACAGUAAGAAGGACACUCCUGUCGAUGUGGUCUUUAAGAAGGCGCUAAAAGAGUUUCGUCUCAACAUCUUCAAUUCCUACUCCACGGCCCUGGCUCUGGAUGAUGGCAAGAGCAUCAGGUAUAAGGAUCUGUAUGCACUGUUUGAGCACAUUCUGGAGAAGAGCAUGCGUCUGGAGCAGAGAGACUGGUCAGAAUCACCAGUUAAGGUCUGGGUCAACACCUUUAAAGUCUUCCUGGAUGAGUUUGUGACUGAGUACAAACCCACGCAUGGCACCAUCAGCAAGGCUCCCAAACCAGAACGCAAGAAGAGAAGGAAAAAGGAGGCAGACAUUGUGAGAUAUUUCCUUGCUGUUUGCGAUUUUUUAUUUUUAUUUUCUUUUAGCGCUGUGUUUCGAGCCAUUGUAACGUGUGAAACACUGAAUAGUGUGUUUAUCUGUCGAAGCCUGAACACUAAGCUCACUCGAAAUCUCUGUUGGCCCCUGCAGGUGGAGGAGCACCUGGGUCACAUUUUCAAGUCCACUCAGUACAGCAUUCCCACAUACUGCGAGUACUGCUCUUCUCUCAUUUGGAUGAUGGACAGAGCAUGUGUCUGCAAAUUGUGCCGCUAUGCCUGUCACAGGAAGUGCUGCUUAAGGAUGACGACUACAUGUAGCAAAAAGUUUGACCCAGAGCAGUCUUCGCGGCAGUUUGGCGUGGAGCUGUCUCAGUUAACCAGCGAUGACAGAGCUGUACCUGUGGUGGUGGAGAAGCUCAUCAACUACAUAGAGAUGCAUGGGCUCUACACAGAGGGCAUCUACAGGAAGUCUGGGUCAACCAAUAAAAUCAAAGAGCUGAAGAUGGGACUGGACACAGACGCUAAUGCUGUGAAUCUGGAUGACUAUAACAUCCACGUUAUUGCCAGCGUGCUGAAGCAGUGGCUGCGGGACCUUCCCAAUCCUCUGAUGACCUUUGAACUUUAUGAGGAGUUCCUCAGGGCAACAGGUUUGCAGGACAAGAAAGAAUUGGUGAAAGGUGUGUAUACAGUGAUCGAUCAGCUCAGCAGGACUUACCUGAGCACACUGGAGAGACUCAUCUUCCACCUAGUCAGGAUCUCAUUGCAGGAGGAGACGAACCGGAUGAGCGCUAAUGCUCUGGCCAUUGUGUUUGCUCCCUGUAUCCUGCGGUGUCCUGACAGCAUUGACCCUCUACAGAGUGUACAGGACAUCGGCAAGACCACUGCCUGUGUGGAGCUGAUCAUCGGUGAACAGGUGAAUAAAUACAGAGCCAGACUGAAGGACAUCAGCACUCUGGAGUUCGCUGAGAGCAAAGCCAAGAUCCGUCUCACGCACAUCAGGAGGUCAAUGGGUAAAAGUCGGUUUUCUAAAAGCAGUCCUAUCACGCCUUCUCCACCCACAAGUCCGCUGUCACCUGUGGUCACUGAAGGUGUACCAAAUGUACCAAAUGUACCAAAUGAAGAUAGGGCGGAGUCAGGAAUGAGCGAACAGCAACAGGCAGCGAUGCAGCAAGAAGAAAAAGUGCUUUCUCAGCAAAUAGAAAACUUACAGAAAGAGAAGGAGGAGCUUACAUUUGAAAUGUUGGCAUUGGAGCCGCGCACAUCUGAUGAUGAGCUGCUAGAAUCGGAGGCGUCUAUAGGAACAGCAGACAGCUCAGAGAACCUAAUAGCUGAACAGGAAGGAGCAACAGAGGCCUGGGAGAAAAGCUGCUCCAGCGUUCGCUCCCGUAAGUCCGAGUCCAAAAGCAGACGGGCUUUACGCCGCCAGCCUGAAUCUCUGGAUUCGGUAGACUCGGCCGUCGCUUCUCUCUCCUCCAGCUCAUCCACUCCUCACUACCGUUUCCGCUCGUCCUCCUCUGGCCCUCUCUUCUCUUCCCCCUCCUCCUCAGAACGCGCGCAGCACCUCUAUCCUGAGCAGGAGGAAUCAGACAUAGACACGUUAACCACCCGUUGCUCUUCCAGCUCAGAGAAAACACGGCCCAGGAGCAGAGGCAACCGGAGCUGCCCACCCAAAUCCAGAGAGCCUGGAGAAGGAGGAGGGAGGAGGAGAGACACUGAUUUCAGCCCCGUGCAGCCUCUGGUGCUAUAUGGCAGUAAAGAGUUUAUGGUGUAAAGACGAGGGUGAGAUCCGUUAAUGUCAGAUAUCUACUUUCCUCAGAGCAGAGCCGAGACCUCUGAAAAUACAGGCUGCUUACUAAUAGACAGUAGAUUAUAGCUUGAGAGGUAUAGAAUAUGGAGGGAUAAGAAAGAAGAGGUAUGCUGAAAGUGAACCUGCCAAAGCUAAACCCUGACAUGCACAUGAUGCACCCUGCUGUAGAGUGGACCUGCUGGACUGGUCCUAUUCUCACCGCUUCACUUUUACCUGUCCAUCCUCAUGUUUACAAAACUGAGCCAAUACGAAGUCAUCCGGCUUCAACAGACUGCACAGUGCUUUGCUAACAUUACCCCCUCCCCCCCCCCCACCAUAUCGAGAUGUCAGUACGUCAGACAUUGAUAAUGUAUUAAAUAUGUAAGAUAAUAUUAUUGUAUCACUCCAACGGUAAAGAAUCAUUGUACAUAAAACAAUGCAGCGCUGCUGGAUGGUCCACGUGAAAAGUGUUUACUUGUCUUGAAUUUUUUGCAAUGAUGUGUGUGUGUGUGUGUGUGUGGGUUUUUUUUUUUUUUACAUACGUUUGUGACAAAUGUGUCUCGUAAGCUUGUUUGCUAGGUUUUGCGUUUGAGUCACUUUAAAAAAAAAUAAAAUUUUAAGAUAUGUAUCACUAGAGAGGACAAAAUGACAGAUGAUCAGAACAGCCAUGAUGUAGCUAUUUCCAUUCAUAGCCAUAUUGCGUUGGAAUACGACCAGAUAACACGUCGUCUUCUCUGUUUCCUCUUUGUGUUUAAUCUGCAUUCGUUGUGACCAAGUCAAGACUUGAAAUAUUUCUACUUUAUCUCACUUAUCUUAUGUUUUUGCUUUAAAUAUGAUUUCUAAUAUAUUCUUUCAAUGCGCCUUCUUUUCUGUAUCCUUGUAUACAUUACUUUUGUCCUGAGAGCCAUUUUUUUUUAUUAUUAUUUUUUUUUUUUCCCAUGCCUUCUGCAGCCUUUGCUUGUGUCUGUACUGUGUCCUCUUUAUAAAAAGGGAACUAUUUUCCCCGGCAGUAUGGUUAGAGAGUUGUAAGUACAAUCCACUCAUAAUUGUCCUACACAUCUGAGCCUCAUACUGCUGAAUGUUUACACUAGUAAACAGAACAUUAAGCCACAAAGCCAUUUAACCGGAAUGAUCAAGUACUCGUAUAGAAGCACACUUGAUCAGUCACUUCACAGUAUAUACUCUAGUGUAUUUAAUGAAUAUUAGCAUCGUCACCCAGAAAAGGGUUCCGCUGAAAUCGUUUACUCUUGAAUAUGUCUGGUUACAGUUAACUCCUAUAAUCUGUGUGAUGCCUGUAUAAACUUCACUAGGGUGGAAUCGGUCAAGCAGUAUGCAGCUAUGUCUUUUAUCCAAACUUUUCUUUCCUUCCGUUGCAAGCAGUUUUUGAAGGAUUAGAGUUGUAGUCUUGCCAUAUGAUCUUGUGUGUCUGUUUGGCCUUUGUCUGAAAUCUGGACAUAACAUCGAUACGUUUCAUUUCCAACUUAACUUUACAGAUCUGGGCAAAGGAUCAAGAGAAAAUGGCAUGUUCGUUGUAAGUGAAUGUACUGACCACUGGAAAGCACGCUUCACUCUCUUUUUCUAUUCUUUUGUUUUUUUUUGUUUUUUUUUUUGCAUUUCUGUAUUUCAAAUCCAUGUGGAGUGUAGGUCAGGAACAACACUGUUUGUUUUAAAUGGAUAUAUUAUCCUGUUUGUGACUCUGCGUUUGAAGAAAUCGGUGUGUGCAUUAAUUAUUUUUCCAAACGUUAUUAUUAUUAUUAUUAUUAUUAUUAUUAUUAUUGCCGAUUGUGCAAUUUGUGUAUUAUUUCCUUAAUGGACAAAUCUGUUUAUGGAUGUAAAAAGAAUAUAAUGAACACCCACUUAUUAAAAAAAAAAAAAAAAAAAAAAAAAGUUGAUGAACACAUUGUCUCAUAAAAGGAAAAAUAAAAACAUCUUUGUAAAUGAAAUGAAUGGAUUUUGAGAUUAGAAAACAGCCAUGCUUCUGACUGAAACUGAAAUCUGGAGAGAAGCAUGCUCUCUCUCUCUCUCUCUCUGUCAGUCUCUGGCUCUCUCUCUUCCUCUCUCUCUCUCUCUGUCCGUCUCUGGCUCUCUCUCUGUCAGUCUCUGGCUCUCUCUCUUCCUCUC